CUACAUUUCACUAUACUUUACUCUAGUCUGAUGUUCAGACAGUCGGCAGCAAGACAACAUGGCGGUCACAGCUCUCUGCAGCAGACUGAUGAUCAGUGUCGUGGUUCUGGUUGCACAUGUUCAGAACAGCUAUUGUGCUCAAAAAGAUGGUGCAGCUUUUCCUCGUAUUCUUCCAAACAGACUGCAGUUUUUUGAAUAUGAUUCUAUCACUUUUAACUGUGAGUUUGAUGACUCAGCUGAAUGGAGAGUGAUGAGGACACUCAAAGAAACCCCCACAAACAUUUCCAAUUGGGUGACAUCAGCAGGAUCUGGGACCAUUAAACCUGCAUUUUCAUCAGACAGUGGAGAAUACUGGUGUGAAGAUGGAGAUGGACUGAAGAGCAAUGCUGUCAACAUCACCGUCACUGCUGGUUCAGUAUUCUUGGAGAGCCCUGUCCUGCCUGUGGAGGAGGGAGACAAUGUGACUCUGCACUGUCAAAAGAAGAAAAGUUCCUCUGACCUCAUAGCUGAUUUCUAUAAAGAUGGCCUCUGCAUCAAGACUGGCUAUAAAGGAAGCAUGACCCUCUACAAUGUUUCUACAUCAGAAGAAGGACUUUACAAGUGUAACAUCUCUGGAGCUGGACAAUCACCAGAGAGCCGACUGCUUGUCAGAGAACCUGAUGAAGGGACUCGUCCUUCCCCCAGUCCCUCCCCUGAUCCACUCACUAGUCCCUCCCCUGAUCCACUCACCCCACUGUGGAUUGCUGGCACUUCUUUACUGGUGGCCCUCCUGCUGUUGGUGUUGGGACUAGGACUACUGAAAUGCAGGACACACAGAAGUACUGAGGACAAAGCUGAAGGAAGCACCACCAGAGUAUCAGGAGGUGACAGCGUACUUCAUCCACAGGAUGCAACAUAUGCUGUAGUCAAAAAACCAAGAAGGGGGAAAGACAGCGGUGGUGAUUUGGAUACUCAACACAAUGUAACAUAUGCAUCUGUGAAAAGAAAGGAGCGAGAACCAUCAGUGUCCAAAGCAGCAACCAAGCCUUGUCUACCAGAAGACAGAGUUGUUUAUUCUUCACUGAACUUUAUGGAAGGAAACAUAUCAGACCACUGAGAGCAGACAUCCAACUGAAGGGAAGAGGAACACGAUCACACUCAGACAUGUUACAGUGAUUUGUAUCUGUUCAAACUGUUAUUUUGCAUCCCUUUAAAGCAUCAAUCGUGUCUCCAUUUAUAUUAGUAUUUUUAAUAAAUUGAGUACUGAUUAUUGUAUUUUUCACUCCCAUAAAGCCAUGUGCAGUAUGAUGAGAGCUCAUUUUGACCAUUUAAUACUUAACUCAGCUACAGUGAUGUUGUAAUUUGUUUCCAUCUCAUUGUUUGAUCAUGUGUUGACAGGAAAUCACAUCCAGACUUUUUUUUAUUUUUUUUUAUAUUUGUGUCAGUUCCUCCAAGUCAAAGAAUACAGUUCUUCUUUCUACACCCACACAUGAUUGUUACGACCUUGUGGGAAAUGUAAAAAAACAAAACAAGUUUUCUUUAUUUAUUUUCUUAUUUUUUUACCUAACCAAAGAAGAACUAGAUCAGACAGGCUGAGAAAAGGUGACUAAAUUAACACACUGUGUUUGCAGAUUGUGUAUAAGAGCAUCAUUUGGACUUUGUGUAACUAGAAUCAAACACAGCAGAGCUUGGUAUAUGCUAAACAUAAUCAAAAAAAGUUAUAGACAUUCGUGGCUAUAAAAUUCAAGCUUUUCAGAUA